UUCGCGCGCUUAAUUCCAGGAACUUUCUGAGCGAAAAGGCGGAUUUUCCAGCCGUGCACAAUUGAUGGUAACACGGACGAAACAUGGCGAACCACCUUCGCUUCGUCGCUCGGACUGUCAUGGUGCAGAACGGCAAUGUGGAUGCGGCCUAUGGCGCUCUGAGCAGAGUUCUGUCCACUGAUGGAAUAAUUGAAUCUGUGAAGCGUAGAAGAUACUACGAGAAACCCUGUCGUAAGCGAGAGAGAAAGAGCUAUGAGAACUGCAAGAGAAUCUACAAUACUGAGAUGGCAAGAAAGAUAUCUUUCGUAUCAAAGACACAAAGACAAGAUCCAUGGCUGGGAUGUUAAGAUGACAUAAACUGACGGUUUGUGUCGACCAACACAUGAGUCAUGCACCGUGAUCUGCCUCAGAAGAUGAAGAUCCACAGGAACAUUUUAUACGUUCACCAUUAAAAAGUAAUUGGAGGACUGUGUUGUGAUAUUGCUGACUUAACAUGUAGACUUACUGCUGUAUGUUGUUAAUAAUAAAAAGCUGUAAAAUCAUCAUAAGAAGUUUUCAUGUCAUUUACAACAACAUUAUGAACAAUAGAUGCUUUGCCAAUAAAUAUGAAUUUGUGUUUUA